UAAUCGUAAAAAUAUUUAUCCAUUUAUUUGUUUCUCGACCACAUAAUGAAAUGAAAAGUGGUUUACAAUAAGAAGUUGUGAUUUUUGGAUAUAUAUUUGAACAAACAUUUUUCUUAUUAUAAUUAUUAACGUUUAGAGAGAAAUGGAGACAAUAUUAUGGACUUUAAUAUUGUUAAUAUCAACGGCCGGUGUAUUGUGCCAAUACGGGUCCAAUCAGAUUAUCGUUGAUUCAAAUCCAGUCAGCGCUUCGUAUGAUUUGUACCAAACAGUCAUAGAAAGGGAAUGUAUAGCCCAAAACAGCCAGGCCAGUCGGGGCAGGCUAUGGCCUGUGGGUCAGAGUAUUGAGAACUUCAUAGCUCAGGUCGAGCUGUUGGAGACACUCAUACAUAAUGGCACCGAUGCUAACCUCGGACAACAUAGGGGUGCCGAUAAUGUGGCCAAACUUUUGCUAAGAAGGUUCCGUUUCGAGGGCUAUGAUCCGUCAGCCCAUCCCUUAUAUAAGAAG